UGUGGCUAAAACUGAACCGCACAUGCAGAAGCAAACAAACCAAUCCAGGUACGAUCGCUGACUCGCAAAAUUAACCUCCACAUAUCGUGUCUUCAUAGUCUAAAAAAAAUAUAUCGUGUCUCCAUAGGAACAUGCCUCCUUGGCAAUUCAAACAACAGGCAUGCCUACAGAUAUAUAUAAUGCAAGUUUUCUUGCCGAGCGAAACAAUAGAAUCUCUAAAUCCUUUCUCCGUUGGUUGUUGCAUCUUCUUCAGGCAAUCACGACAUGACGGCUGCAGCAGCGCCUGCCAACUUGCCAACAUCCCAUCGCCUCAAGCAUCAGGCCGUCUUGCCGACAUCCGUUGUUUUUUGCAUCUUUGUCAACGAAUCACGACCUGCCGGCUGCAUCAGCAUCUCAUGGCCUCAAGCAUCAGGUCGUCUUGCCGGCAACCCAUCGGCACAAACGUGAUUGCACUCAGCCAGGUUUGGAUACAAAAGAUUCAAGCUACCAAUAGAGGAAAGUAACAAUCAAGGCAAGAGUACCAAGAUUAUGGGAUUCAAUAUAGAUUAAUAAUGGUGAAUUAGUGAGUCUUGAUAUGAUCCUUAUUGAUCAAGAGGGAACCAUGAUGCAUGGAGUUAUCAGUAAGGCGUACACCGCGAAGUUCAGACCGUCAAUUCUAGAAGAUGUUAUAGGAGUUGCAGCACACAUAGGACCAAUUCAAGGAAGUAAAACAUCUUUUGGAAUCUACAAAACCCGCAAUAUUCUACUUCUGGUGGAAGAUCAAGAAAUCAAAGUUAGAUUAUGGGGUGCUAAAUCUGAACUAAUUGAUGCCAAUUCAAUAGGCGAUGUCAUUACAUCUACAACUGUCAGGAAAUAUGGAAGAUAUUCGUCAAAUAGUGCAACUCAAGUGUAUAUUAAUUUUCCUAUUCCUGAGACUACGGGUGUACAGGAAUAUAGUACCAAAGAAUUCCAUAUUGAGGAAGGACAUCUAAAAGGGACAAUGGAAGAGCAAAUGAGCUAUAAUAGAAAAACUUUACAAGAGUUAAAUGAUAUUAUAUUUAACUCAUCAAAUCAGGGAAGAGUAUUUACUGUGGAGGCAGUAACUGAUGAAGUUAAUACAAGAUAUACCUGGUACUACAUAUCACGUAGAAAUUAUAACUACAAAAGCAACAUGAAAAGGAAAUUGAUCACUACUACUGCACCAAAUUUGAUAGGAAAGCUGGAGCCAAAGCAAGCUGAAAUAGUUCAACGGAUGCCAUGUUAUUAACUUUGUAAGAGGUUUUCUAUAAUUAAUUACUUACAUAAUUUGCAGAUAUAAGGUCAAGCUUGAAAUAAGUGAUCCAAUAGCAUCUGCAUCUUGCGUUUUUUUUUAUAAAGAAGCUGCACAAUUAAUCAAUGAGUCGGCCGAAAACAUGGUUACGUCAUUUCCCAAUGAAGUAAUGAGCUACCAAGACCAAUCCAAGAGAUCUGUGGGAAGAUGAUGAUUUUUCAGUUUAGAUUGACGGACUACAAUUUUGAAAGUUGUAGAGCAUACUACAUAUUAUCAAAACUAUUUCUUCUGGACGACUACAU